AUCUUUGCAUAUGGGCAGACAGGGACAGGGAAAACUUUUACAAUGGAAGGAGUAAGAACAGCUCCUGAACUUCGUGGAAUAAUCCCAAACUCAUUUGCACAUAUAUUUGGACAUAUUGCUAAAGUAGCUGGUGACGUACGGUUUCUUGUUCGUGUGUCAUAUUUGGAAAUCUACAAUGAAAAUGUGCGGGACUUGUUAGGAAAGGAUCAGAAUGCAAAAUUAGAGGUCAAAGAGAGACCUGAUGUUGGAGUUUACGUAAAGGAUUUGUCUUCAUAUGUGGUGAACAAUGCUGAUGAUUUAGACAAGACCAUGACACUGGGAAACAAAAAUCGUGAGUGUGUGACCUAA